AUGGUCGAGUUCAUCGCGCAGAACCGCCGGCUGAAGGGCAAGGUGCACGCUCUCGGAGGCAAGAAAUGGCUGUAUGCGCAUGCGUACUACACCGAGGAUGAGUUCUGGCCCCUCUACAACAGGAGCGAGAAUGACCGGCUCCGCGAUAGGUAUCAUGCUUCGUACCUGCCGGGUUGUAUCAGAACAUUCGCGUGGAUCCGACUGCGCACGAGGAUCAAGGGAAUAGAGGAUGGGGAUCCCUCACGGAAGUUAUCUGGGAUGUCUGGCCUGUAA